CUUCCUCGUAAUUCUGGUAUACUCUUCAAACUCCAUUACUGCUCUGUUCUUCUUCUUCUUCUUCUUCUAGGGUUUUAGGAACCACACUCACAAACCCACUUUUCUUCGUCUUUUACAGUUUUAGGAACCACUCUCACAAGCCUUGCAUCAACAUGGCCCCCGAUGCUUCAGACGCUCUCGCAGCGAGGGAGACAGUCCAACAGUUUCUCAAUGCUGCUCGUAUAGGGAACAUUGAUCUUUUGAAGAAUUUGGCUGCUAGGCUUGAUGAUGGGAAGGGAUUGUCGGGGACUGUGGCUGAUAUUAAGGAUGCUAAUAAGCGAGGAGCACUUCAUUUUGCAGCAAGGGAGGGAAAAACUGAGGUUUGCAGGUUUUUGAUUGAGGAGUUGAAGCUCGAUGUUGAUACAAGAGAUGAAGAUGGUGAAACCCCACUUAUUCAUGCUGCUCGACAGGGGCACACUGAUACUGCAAAGUACCUUGUUGAGAGAGGUGCCAAUCCUGCAAUAGCAAGUGACUUAGGGGCCACAGCCCUCCAUCAUUCUGCAGGCAUUGGAAAUAUUGAGCUGCUAAAUUUUUUACUCUCAAGAGGUCCUGAUGUUAAUUCUCAAAGUGAUGCGGGCACCCCUUUGAUUUGGGCCGCUGGUCAUGCCCAACAGGAAGCCGUAAAACUGCUUCUUGAGCACCACGCUAAUCCCAAUGCUGAAACUGACGAUGAUAUUACCCCCCUACUCUCGGCAGUGGCUGCUGGUUCUCUGGCUUGCUUGGAUUUGUUGAUUCAGGCAGGUGCAAAAGUAAAUAUUAGUGCUGGUGGAGCAACCCCUCUUCAUAUUGCUGCUGAUAGUGGAAACCUUGAAAUUAUUAAUAGUUUGUUACAAGCUGGGGCCGAUCCUAAUGCCACUGAUGAGGAUGGAUUAAAGCCAAUACAGGUUGCAGCAGCCAGAGGUAGUCGGGCAGGUGUUGAGAUUCUUCUUCCCUUGACUUCAGCAGUUAAGGAAAUUCCCAAUUGGACCACUGACGGAAUACUCGAGUAUAUGCAGAAUGAAAUCAACAAAGAUCAGGCGGUUUCAAGAAAUCCAGAGGAUAAUAAACAUAAAGACUCCACAGCGCGAGAAGAUUUGCCUGAGGUCUCACCCGAAGCAAAAAAGAAAGCCGCAGAGGCCAAAUCCAGAGGGGAUGAUGCUUUCAAUACAAAGGAUUUUCAUACAGCGGUUGAUGCCUAUACACAGGCCAUCGACCUGGAUCCAACUGAUGGUACGUUACUUUCCAACCGAAGUCUUUGUUGGAUACGGUUAGGUCAAGCUGAGCAUGCCUUAGCAGAUGCAAAGGCAUGCAGAGCAUUGAAACCAGAUUGGCCUAAAGCUUGCUAUCGUGAAGGUGCAGCUUUACGUUUAUUGCAGAGGUUCGAAGAAGCAGCAAACUCUUUUUAUGAGGGCGUCCAGCUUGACCCUAACAAUAUGGCACUAGUUAAUGCUUUCAGGGAAGCAGUCGAAGCAGGUAGAAAGUUUCACGGCACUGAUAAACAAAAAUCAUAAUCAAGCAUCUAUGGCUAUUUCUAGAAAUGAUCAGGUUCCUUUCUUUUCUACUUCUAUUUGUCUUCCUUCGCUGUAAUUUAUAUCCUUUUGGGGUGGGUGUUAGAUGGCAACAAUGGAAGUGUUGAUUUUGAUAGAGAGAAAUUGAGGUGGACUUCAUGAUGAUCAGACCCUCUACAGAAUAUAACUUAAAAGGGAACGUUCUCUUUUUUAUCAUUCAAUUUAUUUGAUAUUGUAUCUGUUCUAUUAUUGAAUUAGGGUCACGUAUAACAAUCCGUAAUGAAAAGUGGUGUAAUCGGAAUGAGAUUUCAUUGAUGGAUUAAUCAUAACGAGCGUCAAUUGCAAUUAUAA